GGAAGUGCGCAAGUAAGAAAACAAUAGGAAAGUGUUCCGGCAGGUAAUCCACCCAACUCCAGUUCCCUCGCGGGGCGGUAGGCGGGGCGAGGUGACGUCACGGUCCGCACACCUGAGUUCCCGGCCGCUAUCUCCGGCAGUCCGUGUGUGUGGGUGAAGCGAGGAAGUCACGUCCUUACGUUUCUGUGACUUUAUUUCUUCUUUUCAUCCUCUCCUCCUCCCUGUACCACACAGCGAGCACCACACAAUAGCACAGCGCACAGCACGAUGACCAGCGUGACCAUGGAGAACAGCAACGCACUCUCCCAGAGCAUGGACUCCGUGAACACAGCAGCUGCUGAAGAGGAGCAGUUCUGUCCCCUGUCCCAGGUACGUGAGGUGGUCAUGCCGCUAAUUGACGGGGUCGUCUCCCACUUGAUUGACCAGGUGCGGACGUUGUUCGUGAGCGGUCUGCCCAUGGACGCUAAACCCAGAGAACUGUACCUUCUCUUCAGAGCUUACGAGGGCUACGAAGGGUCGCUGCUCAAGGUCACCAGCAAGAACGGCAAAACUGCUUCGCCUGUGGGCUUCGUCACGUUCAGCACGCGAGCAGGAGCCGAGGCCGCCAAGCAGGACCUGCAGCAAGGCGUGCGGUUUGACCCGGACAUGCCACAGACCAUCCGACUCGAGUUUGCUAAAAGUAACACCAAAGUUAGCAAGCCCAAGCAGCAGUCUCCCCCGGCGGCCGCCCCUCACCCCACGCUCGUGCACCCCUUCACAGGACUAGAGCUGAAUCCCGCCUUCUUCCCUGGCGCCCCGGACGUGUGGCCGCCCCACCCUCUGGCGUACACGGCCGAGCUGCCGGGCGCGGCGGCGGGCCUGCAGCACCACCCGGCGCUCUUCCCUGCCCUCCACGCCCAAGUCCCACCUCAAUUAGCGCUGCCCCACGCACCCAUGGUGUCCCAUGCAACAGGAGUAGUGAUGCCUUCGCCCGCCCUGGCCUCCCCUGCUGGCUCGCCCCAUUCGGUCCACCAGGCACCUGCCCACCAUCCCGCCGCACCCCACAACCCUCCCUGUUCUACACUCUUCAUCGCAAACCUUGGCCCAAAUGUCGCAGAGCAUGAACUCAAGGAUAUCUUCUCUAGCCAUACGUGCCUGCCUUUGCUUUCUGGGACCCGGGCAGGCGCGGGCUCCAGAUCCGAGGCUGUUUUGGCCUUUAAUGGGGAGAAGAUAGAGAAGAUGGGUCCCCAGCCCAAUCUCCUUCCCUUUUAUCACAGGGGAUACGGGGCUGUUUGCCCCACUGAGUGGUGGGCGAUGGGGUCGCCACAUCCCUACGCCCUCGCCACAUCCCUACACCAAGGGACACAAGACUGAAGUUGAUGGAGCCCCGACCUGCAGCACACAUGGAACGCCUGGCAUCAUAACUGUUUUUGCCUAGGAAAACACCUGGUUCCACAGAUCAGCUUUCCACCUUUGCAGGGUCAACAUAAUGAAUUUUUCAUAAGGAAAUAACCUGCUAUACAUGUUUAAAUUAGAAGUCAGAAGUUUAAAUCGGAGGUAAUUUAAAUAGCAGACACUUUCUUUAUACUGAAGAUUGUCAUGGUUCAAAUUAAAUUUACUUGCUGCAGGUGUACUAGUUGGAUACAAAUCAGAGGUGAGAAAUUGAUUUGUUAUUCUAUAUUGUUGCUACAAUUGUCCCUGUUCACUUACAAAUGUUGAUAUGGAACCUUCAGUGUUGUGGUACAGUAAAAAGCCUGUUCAUUGGCUAAACUUGUAAUUUGCUGCUUGCAUUGAAAAAUUGGAGUAUCAAUUUUUCUGUGCUUCAUUUCAAGUUUUAAAUGAGGGUAAAGGUUUACUAUGAACCUCUUACUUAUUUCAAAAACAAAGUUGGAAUAAGGUGGAAGAUAAUUCAUCUCACCUUAUUAACACUGCUCUUUCACAACAAACCCAGUUUACAUAGAAAUAGAAGAUUUAAUAAGCUUAUCAUACCUCAUGCUUGCUGUAAUCUCAAAGCAAAUUUCUAUCCUAAUAUCAGAAAAGCUCCAGGUUUUUGUGCACUUAAUCCUUGAGCAUCAACAGUGUUCACCUUGAUGAGAAGGAAUCUCGGGUAAGUCAAGGUGAAUUUAGAUUAUUUAUACAUUGUUCCUUGAAUGUACCAAAGAAUUCUAGUUCAUCUAGGAACCCAUACCAAAGCUAAACAGUAGCAGCUCACUUUAAGGGUAACAGCAAGCAUGGGUAUGCAGUAGAAUAGAAGAAAAUAUUUUUUGAGUGUAUGAUAUGCCAGAUACAAGAUGUGCUUCUGUAGUAAGUCCUGGCAAGCAUUUGGGAGUGCAGAUGAUGAUGGAGCUUUUCACUUUUAACAUGAAAACAAGGUGCUGAUAUCGUAUAUACAGCUGCACCUUGAAUUUUUAUGUUUACCAGUGUUUGAAAUGUAUAGUUUUAAUUUGCAUAUCCUAAAAAGUCUUUGGUGUGUCAGUUGAUAUGAAGCUAUGUUUAUUGAUAGCAAUAAACCUUUAAUUAAUGAAAUGACAUAAACACGUAGAUGUGUGCCACCCAAGGAUCAUCCCCAUAACUGGAAGGUGCAGCCUUGCUGUUGCAUUACAACGUGCUCUCAUUUUAAGUGUGGCAUACAUCUGUUGUUGUUGUUUGUAAAUAUUAACACUAUUCUGCUAGUGUUAGAAAAUAUUGAUUGUCCAUAUUUUUUGCCUCUAUUCCGUUCCACUAUUCCAGUCUUAGUUGUUGAUGUUGAAUUCUAAUAUGUAUGAGGUACAUAUUAGCCAGUGGAGGCUGACUGUUUGACUAGGACUUGCCCUGCUACACUCAGGUCAGAAUUGGAGAAGUACUUUAUAUUUUAAUGUUCAAAAAUCUCCCUUUCUGUGUUCAUUGUAGAUUUUUCCAGUGCAAAACUAGGCAGACCGUAUAACGUGUCCAGCACUCAAAUUUAGUGAAAUUUUCAAUGUAGGUUGUGAAUAUUCUUGGUGGUAAUGUAGGGCAAGUCCAUAUUAUUGUCUCAGUUGCUGAAUGUGGUAUAUAAUAUACAUAUCUGUUUUGUCAUAUUGUAGUAUGUAUUCAUCAGUGUUUGUUAGGAGGCAUACACGUUUCUCAUUAACUUUAUCUUAAUUGAGUUUUUGAUAUCCUGCUAUGGGAUUUUUGAAUUUUAAGAAUAAUUAGGAUGAGUGUUAAGCUUUAAGUGAUGAACCUGUGUGCCCCUGCAUGUAGGCUGGGGAACAGCAAACAAAAAGCUCUUGCUUUUGAGUGCCCCUUGUUCCGCCUGCUGAAUAAACCCUAGUGGUUACCAUCAAGCUUGGGGAUCACGUUCAAGUCUAAUCUGAGGAGAUGCAGAAUAUCUGUUGGUAUCACCACUGCAGAAAAAAGUAGCCUGUCCAGGAGUCUUGUCUCGCUCUUCUAAACUUUAAUAAUGUAUCUUAAAAUUUGUUACAAUGCAGUUAAUUAAAAACAAAUUGUCAUAUUGUUGAAAGAAAUAAUAGUUAGGUUUCAUAUUGCCUGGGCAGGCACUUCUUUUUGGCAGAAGACAGGAGGUAUCUGCUCAAGAUAAUGAAAGAAAGACGAGACAAAAAAAAAACA